AUGAAGCAAGCUAGCUUUACCCUCGGUCUAUCUCUACUGGGAGGCGCCAUUGCCGCCCAAGAGCCGCUUUUCGCACCACCAGCAGCGUCUCCCCAGAUUCCAGUAACAGGCGGCAAGGAGCUGGUUAGCUCCGAAUCCAUCCAAGAACGCAUCAAUGCCGAUAACCUGCUGCAACGGGCCAAGAAACUCUACAGCAUCGCAGAGCUGGGAGAGGAAGAGUACAAUCACCCGACCAGAGUCAUUGGAAGCAAAGGACAUCUUGGCACCAUUGAUUACAUUUACUCCACCAUCGCUGAACUGGGAGACUACUAUACCCUGUCAAACCAGUCAUUUCCAGCAGUUGUGGGAAAUGUGUUCGAGUCUCGCCUCAUUCUGGGAGACAAGGUUCCGGAGUCUGCUCUCGCAAUGAGCUUGACUCCACCCACCAAGGACAAGGAGCCCGUCUCCGGACCUCUGGGACUCGUAUCUGAUUUCGGAUGCAACGACUCAGACUACCCAGAUCUUUCUGGCAAAAUUGCUUUUAUCAGUCGCGGCGAGUGUCCCUUCGGUACCAAGUCCGCGUUUGCCGGACGAGCUGGUGCAGUUGCUGCUGUAAUCUACAACAAUGAAAAGGGCUCCCUGGGCGGAACUCUGGGAACCCCAUCUCCUGACCACGUUGCCACCUUUUCUAUCUCAGACUCUGAUGCUGCACCAUACCUUAAGAAGCUGAAGAAUGGAGAAGAGGUUGACGCGACUGCCUACAUUGAUGCCAUUGUAGAGAGCAUUGAAACUACCAACAUCAUCGCUCAGACACGCGAUGGUGACCCUGAAAACUGCGUCAUGCUUGGCGGUCAUAGUGAUAGCGUGGCAGAAGGACCUGGUAUCAACGAUGACGGAACUGGCUCCCUUACUCUUCUUGAGGUCGCUACCCAGCUGGUGAACUACCGCGUCAACAACUGUGUACGCUUUGCCUGGUGGGCGGGUGAAGAAGAAGGCCUUCUCGGAUCAGACUACUACGUUUCCGUCCUUUCCCCAGAGGAGAACCUGAAGAUCCGCCUUUUCAUGGACUACGACAUGCUCGCCUCGCCUAAUUAUGCCUACCAGGUCUACAAUGCCACCAACGCUGUCAACCCGGUCGGAUCUGAGGAGCUCCGCGACCUGUACACCGAGUUCUACAGAUCAAAGGGUCUAAACUUCACCUACAUUCCUUUCGAUGGAAGAAGUGACUACGAUGCUUUCAUCAAACACGGCAUUCCCGGAGGUGGCAUUGCCACUGGCGCAGAAGGUAUCAAGACCAAGACUGAGCAAAAGCAAUUUGGCGGUGUUGCUGGAGACUGGUACGAUCCUUGCUAUCACCAGAUCUGCGACACUGUCGCCAAUGUCAACCUCACGGCUUGGGAAGUUAACACCAAGCUUGUCGCUCACUCUGUCGCUACCUAUGCUCGAUCAUUCGAGGGGUUCCCAAAGAGAACCGAUACCAAUACUUUCUCUACCUCCGACACCUCGAAGAGCCCGUACCACGGACCCAAGCUCCAGCUGUAA